CGUUGUAAAUUUUCACAUUCCCGCCAUCAUCCCGAAGUGCUGUGAGCGAGGCGUCGUGUGCGGGUCCACUGUCAACAACAUACAUACAGUCAGGUGAAUGCCGGCAAAACAAACUUUCAGUCGUCGGAUGGCUUCUGAAAAUCACACUGUGAUUUAGAAGUGUCCAGAGGAGUGCCUGUUCGCAGAAGAAUUUGAUCCCAAAUCCCCUACUUUGAAGUACACCACCUGGACAGUGUCCCAUCGCAGCCAUGGUGCCCAAACUCUCCAGCAGUGGUGCUGUCAAGAUUCGCUUUACCAGCAUAGACUUGGGAACGACCCGAUGGAAAGAAGGAACGUUUGAGAUUCUGGAAAAAGACAAUAAGGUCAACCUCUGCCUAAGGUUCAGCUGUGGGGGAGCUGCCAAAACUUUUCAGCUUAACCAGAACGUGAAGAGUGUGAACCACAAUCUGAACAGGAUCAUGUUGACGCUGAAGGACUCCAGUGUUAUCGUUCUGGAUAAGAUGCCGCCGACUCUGGUUCAGAAGACUAAAGAAUAUCUGGAAAGACUGAAGCAGGGGAAGCCAAUUUUAAAAACAUCCCAUGGAAGUGCAAACUUCAGUUUGCUUGGCAACCGAUCUGUGAAAAAUGACACCAACCAAUCAGGAGAGAGACAGACAUCAGCAAGGCGACAGGGUCCAGAGGGCCGGGAGGACGCAGCACCACGGAGGCCUCUGGGUAGUCCCAGCAGGGCGACGUCCACUCCCAUUCGCACUGGACUUUCUGAGAACAGAAGUGAGAGGCGAAAGAGGCUGCUGAACUCUGACAGUGAUCUGACUGAGGACUACCCCAAGGAAAAUGACUCUUCAAGCAACAACAAGGCAACUUUGGAUCCAUCCAGGAAGUUUGUGCUGACCUGUAAAGAUAAGCUGAAGCAGCCAGAGGAGAACCGAAGUUCAGCUCCAUUGGGUUCAGCUCCUCUUCAUCCAACAGCUUUCUACGGCAGCCGAUCAGUAACUAAAGAUUACAGCCAGAGCCACUCAUUCCUUGACAGACCACACAGUACGACACAGACCCCCACAGCAAAGAGAAGCCUCGUAUUGCCCAACCACUCCACUCCCUUCAAGAGGGUUCGGACAUCUCUGGACUAUGGUGGCUGGAACAAGCAGAGGACUUCGACUCUGGCCCAGUCUCAGCCCCCAUUACAAGGUUUUUCCAACCUGGGCAACACUUGCUACAUGAAUGCCAUACUGCAGUCCCUCUUCAGCCUCCCGUCCUUCUCUAAUGACAUGCUGAGGCAGAGCAUUCCAUGGAAGAAGGUUCCCAUCAAUGCGCUGCUCAGACGUUUUGCUCACCUUAUGGCUAAGAAGGAUGUGGGCUGUCCAGAGACAAAAAAGGACCUGUUGAGAAAAGUGAAGAGUGCCAUCUCCUCCACAGCCGAGCGCUUUUCUGGAAACAUGCAGAAUGACGCUCAUGAGUUCCUAAGCCAGUGUCUAGAUCAGCUGAAGGACGAUGUGGAGAAAAUGAACAAGAACUGGACAAACGAAGGCGCAACCUCGUCGCCUUCGGUCACAGUGUGUGAAAAUGUCCACCAGACAUCGUCAGCGACCAAAGUAGAGCCCGGGGAAGAAGCAGACACCUCCCGCAUCUACACCUGCCCUGUGGCUGUCAACAUGGAAUUUGAGGUGCAGCACACCAUCAUCUGCAAAGGCUGUGGUGAGGUGGUGACUAAACGAGAGCAGUUUAAUGACCUGUCCAUCGACUUACCACGCAGGAAGAAAACUCUCCCACUUCGCUCCAUCCAAGAUUCUUUAGAUCUCUUCUUUAGGAUGGAGGAAAUCGAAUACUCGUGUGAAAAAUGUAGUGGUAAAGCAGCGACUGUUGCACAUAAAUUCAGCAGAUUGCCCAGGAUCCUCAUCCUACACCUUAAACGGUACAGCUUUAAUGCCCAUCUGUCACUGAACAGUAAACUGGGCCAGCAGGUGGUCAUUCCACGCUAUCUGACUCUGCUGUCCCACUGCACUGAAUCUACAAGACCUCCAGUCAGUCUGAGCUGGAGUUCACAAGCUUCCAUAGCCAGAACACUGAAAACAUCCCAGUCCGUCUCCUCUUCUACAACACCUCUCCGGAGAGGCGGAGGAAAGCAGCCCAGUUCCAUCCUGUUGGACUCUGACUGUGAGGAGGACAUCAGUAGGAAGGCGAGUGUGAGCCACAAGCGCCGUAUGCUCACCAACGAGUACGACCCCCCAGACGAGAGAGGCGCAUUAAUGGAUUCCGCAGACUUCGGGGGCAUAAAUGAUGAUGAGAUGUUAGCAGCCGUGAUCGAGAUGAGUAGGCGAGAGACAGGGCUGUCGGCCGUGUCUCCUGUGGAGGACGAGCCCUCCAGUAGUCCAGACACCGGCUUCGAUGACGCCGAUGCCCGGGACCUGGCCUAUCACACAGACCUGCUGGACACAGACGCCAAACAACCCGCAGAUGUGUUGGAUUCUUUGGACUUGACCAUGGAUGAGAACAAGGAGAACCAGACUCCUGAGGGCAUUCAGGCGCCAGGGGAGCUGGACUGGGUCCAACAGUACAGUCUGGAUCAGGAACGAGAAGAGCAGGAGCUGCAGCAGGCUUUGGCCCAGAGCCUCCAGGAACAUGAGGCCCAAGAGAUGAGAGAGGACGAUGAUCUGAAGAGAGCCACGGAACUCAGCUUACAAGAGUUCAACAACUCUUUACCGGAGCUGCUGUGUUCAGAUGACGACUCUGGGAACGAAGACAUCCUGGACAUGGAGUACACGGAGGCAGAGGCUGAGAACCUCAAGAGGAAUGCAGAGAGCGGGGACCUGGCCAACUCGUUCAGACUCAUCAGUGUCGUCAGUCACAUCGGAAACACCUCGUCCUCUGGCCACUACAUCAGCGACGUGUUCGACAUGAAGAAGCAGUCAUGGCUGACGUACAACGACCUGGACGUGUCGCGUACGCAGGAAGCAGCCGUUCAACGAGACCGUGACCGCAGCGGAUACAUCUUCUUCUACAUGCACAAGGACGUGUUUGAACAACUGUCAGAGAUGGAGAAACCAGGAGUGGGCAGCACUUCAGAGGCAGGAAGGAACGUCCUGCAGCCACUGUGAAGCCGGUCCUGGGCCUGCAGGACUCUACCUGACCCUGGUGGGUGGUGGGUGGAGGAGGACCGCUGAGAGCCGUCCUUGGUCUGUCCUGUUCCAGCACUUCCUCUGUCCUCAUACUGACUCACAGGUGGGCUACGCUGGCGCCGGUUGGUGCAGCUGUGGAACUGUCAUCCCGGUUCCAGAAACGCAGUUCUAUGUUUAGUGGAUCAAAUGUUGCCUUUUGGAGGCUGCAGUUUUUUUUUGCUCUGAUUUUAUCAAACAGAUGUUUUGUAAAGGCUCGUUUCUCGGUAAGCUCGUUUGACCUUUAAUGCUAUUUCCUUCACACUUUAACGGAUACUUCAAAGCAACUAACAAACAGCACAUGUUGGAUUGAUGGAUUGUAUGUUUUGCAAACUCUUUAUUUCCCCAUAUAAACUAAAUAAAGACAUAUUCUAUGUUGGUGUAUAAGCUAUUAUCUACUUAGAGGGUGGUUGUAUUUAGCAGGUACAUUUGGUGCAAUAUUUCUAUUCUGGUCGAAUCGGACCGAUUCAGAUCCGCCUUCUGUUUCCUCAGACUUUUUGUGCUUCUACUUAUUCGUGGCUUUCUCAAUAUUUUAUACAAACCUGGGGUAAAAAAUAAAAAUCACAAAGCUU